UUCCUACAUGUCCUUAAACCAUGUGCAGGCAAGGGGAGCCCAUGAAAUUCGUAACCUGGGUCUGGAUGACAUCGUGCAACAAAAUGAUUGGUGUGCUGCUGGUCUUUUUCCCUGCUCUGCUCCUGGAGAUGGACGUGCUGCCCAAGAGUGGUGGUUGGAAGGUUCUUCUCUCUGCAGCCUCCUCACAACGGUCGGUGGCUCGGAUGGAUGGGGAUGUCAUCAUCGGGGCCCUCUUCUCUGUCCAUCACCAGCCACCAGCCGAGAAAGUGCCGGAGAGGAAGUGCGGGGAAAUCAGGGAGCAAUACGGCAUCCAGAGAGUCGAAGCCAUGUUUCACACUUUGGAUAAAAUUAAUGCAGACCCGGUCCUGCUACCUAACAUCACCCUGGGCAGUGAGAUCCGAGACUCCUGCUGGCACUCGUCCGUGGCCCUGGAGCAGAGCAUUGAGUUCAUACGGGACUCUCUCAUCUCCAUCAGGGACGACAGGGACGGAGGCACCCGCUGCAUUUCCGACUCGCAGACUCAGCCCCAGACCAGAGUGAAAAAGCCCAUUGCGGGGGUCAUCGGCCCCGGCUCCAGCUCAGUUGCUAUCCAAGUCCAAAAUCUGCUCCAGCUCUUCGACAUCCCCCAGAUUGCCUACUCUGCCACCAGCAUCGACCUGAGCGACAAAACGCUGUACAAGUACUUCCUCAGGGUGGUCCCCUCCGACACGCUGCAGGCCAGGGCCAUGCUUGACAUCGUCAAGCGUUACAACUGGACCUACGUCUCCGCCGUGCACACGGAAGGAAAUUAUGGGGAAAGUGGAAUGGAAGCCUUCAAAGAGUUGGCUGCCCAAGAGGGUCUCUGCAUUGCUCACUCUGACAAGAUCUACAGCAACGCUGGCGAGAAGAGCUUUGAUCGCCUGCUCCGCAAGCUGCGAGAGAGGUUACCCAAGGCUAGAGUGGUGGUGUGCUUCUGCGAGGGAAUGACAGUCAGGGGCAUCCUCAUCGCCAUGCGGCGCCUGGGAGUGCUUGGGGAGUUCCUGCUAAUUGGAAGUGACGGCUGGGCAGACAGAGAUGAGGUCAUUGAAGGUUAUGAGCCCGAGGCAAAUGGAGGCAUUACUAUCAAGCUGCAGUCUCCCGAGGUGCUGGCAUUUGAUGACUACUACCUGAAGCUGCGGCUGGACACCAACACCCGCAACCCCUGGUUUCCCGAGUUCUGGCAGCACAGAUUUCAGUGCCGCAUUCCAGGGCACCCGCUAGAGAAUCCCAACUUCCAGAAGAAUUGCACUGGCAAUGAGAGCUUAGAAGAAAAUUAUGUGCAGGACAGUAAAAUGGGAUUUGUCAUCAAUGCAAUAUACGCUAUGGCUUAUGGGCUACAAAACAUGCAUCAUUCCCUUUGCCCUGGACAUGUUGGACUGUGUGAUGCUAUGAAGCCAAUUGAUGGCAGCAAGCUCCUGGAGUUCCUCCUCAAAUCCUCAUUCAUUGGUGUUUCUGGAGAAGAAGUUUGGUUUGAUGAAAAGGGAGAUGCCCCUGGAAGAUAUGACAUCAUGAACCUACAGUACAUAGAGCCCAACCGCUACGACUAUGUCCUUGUUGGGACCUGGCAUGAGGGCGUGCUCAACAUUGAUGACUACAGGAUUCAGAUGAAUAAGAGCGGAAUGGUCCGAUCCGUGUGCAGCGAGCCUUGCCUGAAGGGCCAGAUUAAGGUGAUCAGGAAGGGAGAAGUGAGCUGCUGCUGGAUUUGCACUGCUUGCAAGGAGAAUGAAUUUGUUCAGGAUGAAUUCACAUGUAAAGCCUGUGAGCUUGGCUGGUGGCCAAAUGCUGACCUGACAGGCUGUGAACCCAUCCCUGUAAAGUAUCUCCAGUGGAGCAAUAUAGAGUCUAUUGUGGCCGUGGCUUUUUCCUGCCUGGGGAUCCUGGUCACCAUGUUUGUCACCCUUAUCUUUGUGCUCUACAGAGACACCCCUGUUGUCAAGUCCUCCAGCCGCGAGCUCUGCUAUAUUAUCCUGGCUGGCAUCUUUCUGGGUUACGUCUGCCCUUUCACCCUUAUAGCUAAACCCACCACGACGUCCUGCUACCUCCAGCGCCUUCUGGUGGGCCUCUCCUCCGCCAUGUGUUAUUCCGCCCUCGUGACCAAAACCAACCGCAUCGCACGCAUCCUGGCGGGCAGCAAGAAGAAGAUCUGUACCCGCAAGCCCCGCUUCAUGAGUGCCUGGGCCCAGGUGGUCAUCGCCUCCAUCCUGAUCAGCGUGCAGCUGACACUGGUGAUCACGCUGAUCAUCCUAGAGCCCCCCAUGCCCAUCCUUUCCUACCCCAGCAUUAAGGAAGUUUACCUUAUCUGCAACACCAGCAACCUGGGCGUUGUGGCUCCUGUGGGCUACAAUGGACUCCUCAUCAUGAGCUGCACGUACUACGCCUUCAAGACUCGCAAUGUGCCUGCCAAUUUCAACGAGGCAAAGUACAUUGCAUUCACCAUGUACACCACUUGUAUCAUCUGGCUGGCCUUCGUGCCCAUCUAUUUCGGCAGCAACUACAAGAUCAUCACCACCUGUUUCGCAGUGAGCCUGAGCGUGACAGUGGCUCUGGGGUGCAUGUUCACUCCUAAGAUGUACAUCAUUAUAGCCAAGCCUGAGAGGAAUGUCCGCAGUGCCUUCACCACCUCAGACGUGGUGCGUAUGCAUGUCGGGGAUGGCAAGGCACCUUGCAAGUCCAACACUUUCCUCAACAUAUUCCGGAGAAAGAAGCCAGGGGCUGGAAAUCCAAAUUCUAAUGGAAAGUCUGUGUCAUGGUCUGAACCAGGUGGAAGACAAGAUCCAAAGGGGGAACAUACGUGGCACAGACUCUCAGUGCAUGUGAAGAACCAGGAGACAGGGUGCAAUCAGACAGCGGUGAUCAAACCCCUCACUAAAGACUACCACGGCCAAAGUCUGACUUUUACUGACAUCAGCACUAAGACUCUGUACAAUGUGGUGGAGGAAGAAGACAGAGAGCCCGUUCACCUCAACCAGUCCAGCAGUCCUUCCAUGGUGGUGCACAGGCGGGUGGCAACGACCCCCCCACUGCAGGCCACAGCAGAGGAAACCCAACUCUUCUUGCCUGAGCAGUCCCCCAAGACUCUGCCCCUGCAGCCACAGUCUCUCAUGGACCAGCUGCAAGGAGUGGUCAACAAGUUUGCCACCGGCAUCCCCGACUUCAAUGCUGUCCUCCCCACUCCUGGCUCAGGGAAUGGCGUGCGGCCCCCCUGCCCACCCCCGCCACCCCAGCAGCCGCCCCUGCAGCCUUUCCAGGUGGCUGCCUUCAGCAAGGAGCCCCUGUCUCCCCCAGCUGAGGAAGCUGAAAGUGAGAAGGUGAAGCUCAUUCAGGGAUAUGUGUAUGAAAAGAGCACAGAGGAGGAGGAGGAUGAGGAGCCGGCAACCAGCAAACUGACUCUAGAAGACUCUCCAGCGCUGACGCCCCCAUCCCCUUUCCGGGAUUCAGUGGCUUCGGGCAGCUCCGUGCCCAGCUCCCCUGUGUCAGAGUCGGUGCUCUGCACACCCCCAGAUGUGACCUACGCCUCUGUCAUCCUGAGGGAUUAUAAGCAAAGCUCGUCCACCCUGUAGAUGCUGCAAGAGACAAGAUGGGAAGGACUUUGGCAGCUGCCUACUGGGAGGACUUGUGGAGACAAGCCUCCCAGGGCUGUGGGAGAGAGAGCACAGAACAGUGACAAAUGACAGGGCAAAAAUUUCAUCCUGAACUUAAAUAACUAAAAUGAAACAAAAAGAAAAUAAAAAAAUCCAUUCUGAGGGCUCAAGAUUCUCUAUCUGUUAAAAAUAAAAAUACUGUACUUUUGGGAAAAUGUUAGGAAACCAUAACAAAGCACAAACUAAAGGAACAUCUUCUAUAGCAAAAAAAAAAAAAAAAAGAAUAAUCACACAGGAAAAAAAAAUAUAAUCACACUUAGUCACACCCUCUCUUGGCAAUGCUUCAAAAGGACUCUGGGAAGUGUGACCUGGAGAAGUCAUUAGCACACGUCAUGACUGCUGUCUGUCUGCUAUGGGAGUAACACACCCAGGAGCUGGAAGGGCAGAGUGUGGUGCAGGGGAACAAAGCUACUUGUAUAUGAGACAUAUAUGCAUAAACAAUUUUUUCCUGGUUUCUACAGGUGGCAUAACUGUGGAACUUUAUUUUGGGGAGAGGAGAUGACAUAAUGUGAAAGCACAUGGCUCUUACUGACUCCUAUCUGAAAGAUUUGUUCUUCAUACUAGGCUGCUUUUUGGGGGAUUUGGGCUUCUUUUAAUGUUGAUUGUGAACAGAGCAAGAAAUAUGAUAAGUUAAGACUCAAAAGGUUUCUGAAGAAAGCCUUGCCAUACUACUUGUGAUAUGAUAAGGACUUUAAAAAACUGCCCUUUUGUAUAAGGUUGAAAACCAUGUGGCUAAACUGUUACACAACAUUUCCUGUAGCAGAACAAUAUUAAUUGACUAUCUUUUCAUAAAAUAACGUAUUUUGCCAUGCCAUUGCAUCAUUCCUUUGUGUUACUUUGGAAUCAAAUGCAUUGAGAAAUAGCUGUUUACUUAGAGCAACAACUGUUAGUCUGGAAGAAAGGCAAUUCCACACUGGGGGUUAUGGAGCCUCCCGGCAAGAGAGUGAGCGUACGUUUGUGCAUCUGUAUGUGUGGGUACAGUGUGUGUGAAGAGUAAUGUCCAAUAACUACCACUGGGAGUUUGUCUUAUAUACUAUGAAUAUUUUUAUGUUUAAAUUAUGUUUUUAUAUCGCAUUGGUACAAAUAUUCGAUAGAUCUUUGAAGGUUUGUAUGCUGUGCUAGCACAUCCUUUUUUUUCAUAUACAAGCUGAGACAGUCGUUACCCUUAUAAUAGGGUGCUUUGUUUUGCAGAUAUUUUAUGAAGUAGACAUAAGAUAUUAAUAAACAGUGCAUUGAGAACUUGUUAUUUUACAUGUUUUGCAGUAAGUGUGGCUAACCAGAAAAAAAAAAAAUAA